CUGGCGGGAGCAGAGAGCGGAACAGGCCGGAGGAGCAGGGGCAUGUGGCAACGGGGUUGGUUAAUGUGGAGCAAUCGCUUCCACCACUGCCUGAUGCAGCUUCCUGAUUUUUCUCUGCUUGGCUCCGCUGCCCUCCGGGGGGGCGGCAGGCGGCAUGGAGGGGACGGGGCGACGCCGCCUGCUGCAGACCCUGGCCGGGCUGGGGAAGGACGAGCUCCAGAGAUGGAAAGAGAAGCUGAGCAAAAUAGCACUGAAGGAGGGAUACCAGCGCAUCCCCCAGGCCCUGCUGGAGAGAGCCGAUCCGGCGGCCCUGGCCGAACUGCUGAUCAGCUACUACGGGGAGGAGUAUGGGUUGCAGCUGGCUUUACGAGCACAGGCUUUGUGCAGUGCAGAACAAGCGGCAACGGAUGUCUCGAGCGCAGCUGGCUCAGAGGUCACCGAUGAGCUGCUGAUGAGGAAUCUUUCAGAGCUUGAGUGGAAUAAAGCAAAAUCCUCCCCCCGCCUGCCUCUGCCUCCCGCGUGGCUCAGGAAGUUGACGGGCAAGAAGGGGAAGCAGCGCGGAUCCUUCAGUGAAGAGACUCAAUCCACCCCUAGGUCUAGUACGGGGACAGAGGCGGCAGGAGACCCCAUGAGGGAACAGGGCCCUGUCUCACAGCCCUCUGAGGACACCAACAUACUGCGGGAAAUGGGGCUGGUGGCGCCCGAGCGGAGCAGGUUUUCAGGGCACACUGCGAAGAUGAAGAUCGUCUUCCCCAGCCUGACUCUACCUACACCUCCACAGUGGCUAAGGACGCUGACGGGCAAGAAGGGGAAGCAGCGUCCGGCCUACUUAGGCAGGUUCCCCCAACGCUCCCGGAGCACUGUGCACCAUGCCCAAGAGGACUCUGUUUAUACCAGCCUCCCACCGGGACCUCCUGCCCAGCCGGCUGGGACCGUGGGAAAAGUCACACAGAUGACGGGGAAGAAAAAGACCGGGGAUCCCGUUCCACCUCUGCUGGAGGCACUCGGAGGACCAAGACGUGCAUGUCCCACGCCAGCUCUUCGUGAUUUAAUUGCCCUUGAUGAAACCCCAGCAUUGGCAUCAGCAGGAUCUUUCGAUGACGAGACUGAGCCCACCCCUAGUUCUGUGGCAGGGACAGCUGAGGCUGAAGAGAUCAUCUGCGAACAGACCGUGCUUCUCUCCGCUGGGGCCGCAGCUGGGGCUGCCGCCGCAGAAGAGACCAGCCUGAGUGAGGAUCCCAGCAGGGACCCCUGGGGACAGGACAAAUGUGACUUAUGUCCCAGAGAGGAGGGGCCUCCGGAAGAAAUACAGCCUGAGACUGUUCGGGGCCCAGAUGGGAAGCAGGAGACGUACAGGGUUCACCUCCUGGGGCCAGGCUCCUUCCUUUGCUCUGAAACCGAACUGGGGUUCGAGGUGAGGGCAGCUGUGACCAUCCAGUACGGAUACAACUCCUGGGAUCAGCAUCUGAGCCCAUCUGAGAAGCAGCAAUGGAUGGUGGCCGGCCCUUUGCUCAACAUCCAAGUGGAACCAGCCAGGGCCGUGGCAGCCGUUCACCUCCCGCACUUCCUGUGCCUGGCGGGGGGAGAGGUCGAUGCCUCCCGGAUGCGAAUUGCCCAUUUCGUUGAAGGGGGGAUGACCCUGGAGGAGCCAACGGGGGUGAGGCCGUUCCACGCCGUGCUGCAGAACCCCAGCUUCUCCCCUCUGGGCGUGCUCUGGAGGAAGAUACAGUCUAAAUGCCAGGCAAAAGUCCACUCCCUGGCAUUGCUCUACCGGGCGCUCAGGGCUGCGAACACAACCCUGCACCUCUAUCUGAUCCCCAACGACCGUUCCCUGAGACAGGCCGUUAGUGACCAUGAGUCCAAAUGCCCCUCGGUGCGUGUGCACAAGCCUUCCAGGACCAAGCCCUUGAAAUUUGGCUCCUGUUGUGUGGUGUCCAGCUCAUCCCAACUUGAGGUGAUACCCGAGGAGCUGGAGUUCUGUUAUCUGGGCCCCACGCUGGAGCAGCCGUACCUGGAGAUCUACACCCGGGACAUGCAGGAGGGGCUGCAGCUCAGCCUGUUGGAAAAGAUAGAAGGGGAAUCAGUCUGGAAGGCCUUGGUGAGACCAGAAGACGUGAUGGUCUGCGUUUCAUCUGCCCAAAUGCAGACAGAAGAACAUUUCAUCGACCAGCACCGAGAACAGCUGAUCCAACGGGUGCGCCAGGUGGACGGCUUGCUGGAUAAACUGUACAACACCGUGCUGGACAACGAGCAGUACCAGAGCAUCCGAGCGGAGAGAACGGACCCGGAGAAAAUGCGGAAGCUCUUCGACCUGCUCCCGAGUUGGAACCGGGCCUGCAAGGACCAGCUCUACCAGGUGCUGGAGGCCAAGCAGAAAUUCCUCAUCCAGGAGCUUAAGGGGACAUAAGACUGGCUGCCCUGGCUCACAGCAGGGGCCCAUCUAACUCAGUAUCCUGUCUGUGACAGGGGCCAGUACCAGCUACUUCAGAGGAAGAUGCAAGACCCUCCUCCUUGACAAUUCUGGACUAAUCUGCCCACGUUGGGUUAAACCCAGUGUCCCCAACUGGCUAAUCCAUUCUGCUUCCUUAAAACUUUCCUGGCUCUGACACUUUGUACCUCAAAAGCAGCACCCUGGAACCCCUAUAUUCACCACAGUCAUGUAAUUAUUAUAAGUUUUGUACAAAGGAUGCCUUGUGAGGUAUCAUUUUUAAAGUCUUAAUCU